CCGGUUCCGGGCGCGAAGAACCCACGUGUUCAGACCCGCUAGGCCCCGCGCCGCUCGGAUCCGGCGGCGCCGCUUCUGCCGGGAGUGGGUGGGGGUCGAGCCGGGGCUGGGGAGGAGCCGCGGAGCUGUGGAGCCGUGACCCCAGGGCAGCCUCACUCAGAAGCCAGAGGAAUGCCAGAGGAGUCCCUCACCUUCCUUGCAACUUCUCUUCCAAGCCGCCCCAUGGGUCUUGAUCCCGAGAGCCACUUCAGACAGGUGGUGGGGGUAGUAGCUAUGGUCUCUCGAGAAAAAGUCCUCUUAGUACCCAGGCUGAGGCUGGGGGUGAUGACAGCGUGAACUCUACAUGGUCUGAGGCCGGCCCUGGAGGAUGGCGACAGCCUUGGAAGCCGAGGACCAGGACCUCUGGGAAGAAGAAGGGAUUCUAAUGGUCAAGCUGGAAGAUGAUUUCACCUGCAGACCAGAGUCUGUCUUGCAGAAGGACGAUUCUGUGCUGGAGACCUCGCACCAGAACUUCAGAUGCUUUCGAUACCAGGAGGCCGCAAGCCCCCGAGAAGCUCUCGUUCGCCUCCGAGAGCUCUGUCACAAGUGGCUGAGACCGGAGAGGCGGACCAAGGAGCAGAUCCUAGAGCUGCUGGUGCUGGAGCAGUUCCUCACAGUGCUGCCCAGAGAACUGCAGAGCUGGGUGCGGGGCCAGCGGCCAGAAAGUGGCGAGGAGGCAGUGACACUGGUGGAGGGUUUGCAGAAACAACCCAGGAGACCAAGGCGUGAGAAUAUCAUCUCUUCAUCUCCUUGCAUGCCCCCAUGGAACUGGCGUCUCCCCAUCUCACCUGGGUCCUUCUGGGAGUCUUUCUAUAUUGGCAGCUGCAUCCAAAAAGUAAAUGAUGACAAGCAAGACUUUUCUCCUGACUCCAUGGUGACUGGAAGUUGGAAUUAUUCCCAGGUGACUGUGCAUGUGCAUGGCCAGGAAGUGCUGUCAGAGGAGAUGGUGCCUCCAGGAGCAGAGCCCGAUUCCCCCAGCGAGCCUCAGGACCCUCCCCACAUCUCAGCUGACGACUCCCAAGAGGACACCACAAAGAGCCCAGACCUGACACCAGAAGAACAGAGCCUGUGCCAGGAAGCAGAGCUCCAGCAGAGUGAGGCUCCAGUAACCCAGGAUGCAGCCCCACCUGAAGAGCAGAAUGCUAGAAACCCAGAGAUGGCCGCCCUCCUUACUGCUCUCUCACAGGGAUUGGUAACUUUCAAGGAUGUGGCUGUAUACUUCUCCCAGGACCAAUGGAGUGAUCUGGAUCCAACACAGAAAGAGUUCUAUGGAGAAUAUGUUUUGGAAGAAGACUGUGGAAUUGUGGUCUCCCUCUCAUUUCCAAUCCCCAGACUAGAUGAGAUCUCCCAUGUCGGGGAGGGAGAGCCUUUGAUCCAAGAGCCUCAAGAACCUCAAGAGCCAGAAAUCCUGAGUUUUACAUACACAGGAGAUAGGAGUGAAGAUGAGGAAGAAUUUCUUGAGCAAGAUGAUCCGAGUAUGGAAAAUUUACAUAGGUCUGCUUUGGGGGAUAAAGAAAUUCACCAGACUCCAGAUUGGGAAAUAGUCUUUGAGGAUGAUCCAGGUAGACUUAAUGAAAGAAGAUUUGGUACAAAUAUUUCUCAAGUUAAUAGUUUCACGAAUCUCCAGGAAACCAUGCCACUCCACAACCUGUUAGGGAGACAUCAUGAGUGCUCUAUCUGUGGGAAAAAUUUCACUUGUAAUUCCCACCUUAUCAGACACCUCAGAACUCACACAGGAGAGAAACCCUAUAAAUGUCUGGAGUGUGGAAAAAGUUACACACGGAGCUCACAUCUUGCCAGGCACCAAAAGGUUCACAAAAUGGGAACUUCUUAUAAAUUCUCUCUAAACCAGAAAGACCUGGGUGAGACCUCCCCUGUGGUCCAGGCUGACAGAACUCCUCCACCUGUUGAGAAACCUUACAGGUGUGAUGACUGUGGAAAAACCUUCCGUUGGGCUUCAGAUCUUGCCAGGCACCAGAGGACACACACAGGAGAAAAACCCUUCUACUGUACAAUUUGUGGCAAAAGCUUCAGCCAGAAAUCUGUGCUUACAACACACCAAAGAAUCCACCUUGGAGGCAAGCCCUACCUGUGUGGAGAGUGUGGGGAGGACUUCAGCGACCACAGGCGAUACCUGGCCCACCGGAAAACACACGCUGCCCAGGAGCUCUAUCUUUGUAGCGAGUGUGGGCGGUGCUUCAACCACAGUGCCGCCUUUGCCAAACACCUACGUGGACAUGCCUCUGUGAGGCCCUGUCGAUGCAACGAAUGUGGGAAAAGCUUCAGCCGUAGGGACCAUUUGGUCAGACAUCAAAGAACACACACUGGCGAGAAACCAUUUAUGUGCCCUACCUGUGGCAAAAGCUUCAGCAGAGGCUAUCACUUAAUCAGACACCAGAGGACCCACUCAGAAAAGACCUCCUAGCCGAGACUGUAAGGCAGGAGAGCACUUAACCUCACCUAGGGGUGGACUAAGGGAAGCCGUCUUGUCAUCCUGGGAAGACCUACUUUAGGCUGUCUCUUGACUUGCUCAGAUGAAUUCCCAGGUCAAAAUCAAACUCCCGGGCAGAACCUCUCAACUUCUGUACCUUAAGCAGAUAAUUUAUUCAGUAUGAAUUGAGGCUUCUCCUUGACUGGAGUUUUCUCCUGCUUCUGCCUCCUGGUAGUGGAGUGGGAGAGUUAGAAGACAGAAGUUUUCCUUUCCUUCCUCCAUCCUCCCCUCCCUCCUCCUUUCCCUUAUAUAUUCUACAAACUGUUUAAUAGUCCCAGGUCAAUGGAGGCCUAGGACAACCCCUAAAGUCUGCUGGGGGACCAGCCUGUGGGAAUCUGUCUCACUGGGCCCAAAUGCUAAAGCACACAGGUCUGAAGUCAAGACAGGAGAUGUGCAUCCUGAUGGCUUUGCCACAUGCUCAUAUGAUACCUGUACCAAUCUCUCACUGAUUCACUUCUUCACCAUGCACUUUCCUGUGAUACAGGAGUCGGGGGGCAAGUAUUUAAGGAGUAAACCCCUCACAGCUGCUUCAAGAGGACUGGCUGCUCCCUCCCCAGUAUUAGAAGGCUACCAGGUGUCCCACACUGCUAGAAAGGAGGAUAGUCAGCAGCCCCUUUCCUUGUGGCCCUGCCCUUCCAACAGUUAAUCUACCAGUAUCUUGGUUUUGUCCCUAGCACUUCUCUUAAAAGUGAGAUGUAGCAUUUGGGUGCUCAGGGCUUCAGCAAAACCUAAUUAAAUGACCCUGGAAUCGCUUGCAUGUUCACCCGUGCACAUGCCCACCUCCUCACCCCCUCGCACUCGGGCUAGCAAAGGGGGCGGAGGUGCAGUGUGAUAAGUACAGAACCAUGACUGACUGGGUCACUUCAUAUACUUGAAAAACCUGGGGAAGACCUGAGAUUAGACUAUGGAAGAAUUAACGGAAAGCUGUGGCUGCUGACCAAGGCCUCUGAGACUCUUCUGACACCCAAGCACCAUCUUGCUUGCCUCAUAGUCCUCUAAUGUCAGGGGAUAUUAUGAACCCCAGAAUGUGGGACUCGGAAGAAUUUACUGGGAGUAAAUGGUUUUCGUGUA